AUGGAGGGCUCAUCUGGGAACGCUUCGGCGUCCAGCAUCUUCCCCUUGAUCACCUCACUCCCGCUCACCUCCCCCUCGCUUCUCGCCCUUCUCUCCCGGCACCGGCCCUUCUCUCGGCCCUCACUGUUGCCCUCGUCAGCUACCAGAUUCCUCGCUCGGAUCACCUCAUCCAUCCUGGCGAGAGAUACGCUAGCGGAAGAGAAGCACGCGGCGCUGCAUAUCGCCAAGGAGCUCGUGCUCCAGGACACGGAAGGUUGGGUGCUGGCAGGCUGGGGCAAGGAAUGGGUCGGGAGCACGCUCGGGGCGUUGAGCUCAGCAUCAAUGACUCUCAGUUCUGUCUCAGCGUACUUGAGCCUGCUCCAAACGCUCGUCUUGGCUUCACCACAAUCCCCGUCAUUCGAACGGGAGUCCAUUCACCCUAUCAUGGGCAAGCUAUCGACUACUCUGCUCAAGCUGCUCGACAGGGCAGCAAGUCAGGCGGAAGGCAACCAGGAUGUUCUCCAUGAUCUGCUUCAGACCACCCGGCUGAUCCUGGUGCACGCACCAGCCGCUUUCCGACCCGCCGUCAACACCCUUCGCGCCCUCCUCCUUCCUCUUAUCGUCUAUCAAUCGUCGUCGGUCCACAGCGACAUCAGAGACAGCGCCAUCAGCCUCUUGACGAUCCUAUACCAUACCCAGGGGAAAGCCCAGGUUGCGCAGGGCUGGCGAGCUGAGAUGGGCGAUGGGCUGCUGGGAGUCGGAGCGUGUCUGGACGCCAUUGUAGCGGAUGGCUGGCAGGGUGAUGCUCGAGCUGCGCAGACCGCUUUACCCCCUGGUCUUGCUCCAUUCCCGGCGGAUACCCCUUCUCGGUUGCCUGUCGCCCUUAUUAAACCUCCUAGUCAAACUACAUCGCGACCAGUCCCGGUGCCUAUUGCUCACAUCGUUCGCCUAGCGAUCAGAUGUCUCGACUUGACGUUGGACACUCCCACGGUCCCGUACAUCUCACCCCAGCAUCACGCCAACCUCGUUGCUUGUCUGCCCAGGAUCUGGACGAGUGGAAUGAUGCUCCUGGGGAAUGUGGCCACAGCCUGCGGUGAUCAUCUCCUGCCCCACCUUACCGACAUCCUCGACACCACUCUGCAUCUCGCUGAAAUCACCCCCGACACAUCUACUCAAAGCCACACCCAGCUUCUUCGCCUGCAUAACAUCUUCCUGGACAUCUUCCCCUCGGCGACUUGGUAUCCCGAGCAUCCGGCUCGGCUACUGAAGCUAUGUAUCUCCAAGCUAUCGCCUCUUCUUGAUUCGACUGCUCCUGUCAACACCUCGCUGGCUACGGCUAAUGGUGCGGGUGGAAAGAAGGGAAAGAAGCGAGCAAGGGGAGAGGAGGACGGGCUACUAGCUUCACUGGAAGGACGUGAGGGACGGCGGAUAGGUGUGGAGGGAGCGGUCGCUUUGGAGGCGUUGCAGCUGAUCUCCAAAGUACACCCAACACCGCUGUUGCCACCAUCACUGCUCAUGUUGUCGAUCCGCCUUCAUCUUGCACUUUACCUGUCCCUCCCGACUUUCGGCGCUCGACGAUUUGCAGACCCUGCAAUCCAGGUCCGAUUGAUCAGAUCGGUCCGGAUGGUCCUGCAGGAGGCGUGUCUUAUGGUGGAGGAAAGCGGGCACAGUCAAGGAUGGAAGAGUGUAGUGCUGAGCGUCUUGGAACCAAAUCAGGGCCGGCUAGCUCCCCUCCUUCACCCCCAACUUCCCGCCAUCUCCCGCCCCGCGCCUCCUCUCAGCUCUCUCCACUUUUUCACCGUCGAGUCGGAAGAAGAAGCCAUCAUCCGGGAAGAGCUCGGUCUGGGUACCGCAGCUUCUAUUUGUGAAGCUGCAGACGAGGAUGAAGGGAUGGAGGCGGAAGGCGCGGUGGAUACCGUCGUUGUGCCUGUUGCGCCAAACGAUGUCCGGGCGGGCAAGAAGGACGUGGCGGACGUCAACCUCCCAUCGCUCAAUCCUGGACAUACGGUCCUUCAGACACCAUCAGCGCCUCAGCCAGGUCACUACCCUCCGGCCCCGGCGCCCGCCCCCACAUCCGCGCCCGCACCGGUCUUGACUCCACAGGCUGUGCCAGCUGCUCAGGUUCAGGAAGCGAUCCCUGCGAAGGUCGAGGAGACAGGAAUGGGGAGUGAGGAAUUCAUCUCGUUUGAUACCAUCCCCGUCGAGGCGGGGCCCAGUCGGGUCAUCAAAAUCGACAACAAGAUGGACGUCGAUGAUGAUGGGAGCGAUCAUGAGAUCCCAGAUCUGGAUAGCGAGCUGAGUGGAUUUGAGGAUGACGACGAUGAUGACGAGGAGGAGGAGUAA